AUCUGUCUUUUCCUCUCUAGCUGGGUGUCUAGGCCGCAGUCAAUGGCGAUCCUUAGCCUUCCAGUUCCUGGUCUCAUAGCCUCCACUACAUCCAGACGCUUGGCUUUCUUUAACCAGCUAGGUACUCGGAGCUGGCGACCAAGCACUGUCAUCUCUGCCACGUUGUUGGGUAAAGGGUGGACAAGUCUGAAAGCUAGAUUCAAGUGUACUGUUCCAUGUGCUGUUUCAAUGGCUGACGAUAGGAGACGGAUAGCAAAGCUUGAGACUCGGGCCCGGGAGGCUGAGAUGGCUCUGCAGCAGCUCAAGGCCUACAUACAACUACUGAAGGACAAAGGAAACGAGUCAUCGACUGGAGCAUUCUCCGCCGAGGCCAAAGGUUUGGAUGAGGAGAAUAGUUCAUUACGAGCUCAGGUGACACAGCUAAAGCAGGAGCUGGUCACCAUGGAGAUUAGGAACGGAGUUCCGCAGAUCCCUGUGCCAAAGCAAGGUGCCAAACCACCGCCUGUCCUGGAGGCCACACCUGCCAACAAACCGGCAGCAGAACCAGUGGAGGCACCAAAGACAAACAAGAAGCCUAAGGAAAAGAAGAAACCCCCACCUCCUACAACAUCUGCAUCCCCUGUCGAUGUGUCCAGACUGGACCUCAGGAUUGGCAGGAUUGUCAAAGCCUACAAGCAUCCCAAUGCAGACGCACUAUACGUGGAGGAAGUGGAUGUUGGAGAGGACGAAGUUCGCAUUGUUUGCAGUGGCCUCACUAAGCAUGUACCUCUGGAGCAAAUGCAGGACAGAGUGGCCAUGUUCAUGUGCAACCUCAAGCCUGCCAAGAUGCGUGAUGUAGUGUCUGCGGCGAUGAUCAUGUGUGCCAGUACUCCUGAGAAGGUGGAGAUCCUUGAACCACCUCCUGGCUGUAUCCCUGGCGAUAGGGUCGUCUGUGACGGCUACCAAGGUGCUCCUGACGCUGUUUUGAAUCCAAAGAAGAAAAUCUUCGAGAAUGUACAGCCUGACUUAAAUGUUAAUGAUAUGGGUGUGGCUUGUUACAAGACGACACCCUUCAAGGUGGUGGGCCGGGAGGGUGUGUUCACCGCCCCCACACUCAGGGAAGUCGGCAUCAAAUAACUGGAACUCUGAACUUAAUUUUCAUGAUUUAUAUGAUCUAUUGUUGAAAGUAAAUAAUUGUAAUUGUAUACGUUACGUGUAUUCUGUGUCAAGCAGCCAUGAACCAUGAACCAUGAACCAUGAA